GUGAAAUACUUAAGUGUAUUUGGAAACAAUGAUAUGGGCCUUGAGACCCGCAGGAUUUUGGGAGAGGUUCUCGGCAACGAGGUGGCGGCAGGUUACAACCUAAGUGGGACAGGAAUGAAAGGGAAGGGUUGCUUCCGAGACCUCACAUUGUACCGUGCUAUAUUUGAAGUUAUCCUAAUCCACCACAAAGAGGCAAAGGAGGAUGAUUACAGAUGCUAUGUGAAGAAAUGGUUCAAUGGUGUAGGG